CCCGCUGAGGGGCAGGGCCUGUGGGCCAGGCCGGGCAGAGGCGAGUGGGAAGAGGAAGAACUGCAGGGACCUCAGGUGGGGCCAGGCCCGAGGCUACUGUCGCUUUAACCAGCCAGCCCAGACCUGCCUGGUGCCUGCCGGGGCCAGGCUGGGUUUGGGGCAGAGAGAAAGCAAGGCCAUGGUGGAGAAGAUGUGGCCCGUGCUGUGGACACUCUGUGCGGUCUGGGUGACUGCCGGUGCCAUCUCCGUGGAAACCACACAGGACGUUCUUCGGGCCGCCCGGGGAAGCAGCGUCACCCUUCCCUGCACCUACCACACCUCUGCCAAGGACCGAAACGGACUGAUCCAGUGGGAUAAGCUUCUCAGGAGUCAUUCGGAAAGGGUGGUCAUCUGGAAUUUUCUGACCCAAACCUACACCUACGGUGACCGUUACGAGAACCGUGUCAACAUUUCGAAAAACUCCCAGCAGUCAGACGCCUCUGUCACCAUCAGCCAGCUGACCAUGGAUGACAACGGCACCUACGAGUGCUCCGUGUCACUGCUGUCAGACUUGGACGGCACGUCCAAGGCACGCGCCCGCCUCUUGGUCCUCGUGCCGCCCUCCAAGCCGGAUUGUAGCAUCCAGGGAGAAACCAUAAUUGGGAACGACAUCCAGCUGACCUGCCAGUCGACGGAGGGCUCCCCGGCCCCUCAGUACAGCUGGAAGAGGUACAACCUCCUGAACCAGGAGCAGUCCCUGACUCAACCAGUCUCAGGUCAGCCCCUCCACCUGAAGAACAUCUCCGCCGACACGUCGGGGUACUACAUCUGCACUGCCAGCAACGACGUGGGGACGCAGUCCUGCAACAUCACGGUGGCCUCCAGGCUUCCCUCCAUGAACGUGGCGCUGUACGCGGGCAUCGCGGGGGGCGUGGUCGCAGCCUUCAUUGUCAUCGGCAUCGUCAUCUACUGCUGCUGCUGCCGAGGGACGGACAAGGCUGAGGACAAGGAGGACGCGAGGCCGAAUCGGGCAGACUACCAGGAGCCACCAGAGCAGCUGAGAGAGCUUUCCAGAGGGAGGGAAGAGGAGGAGGAGGAGGUGGAGGACGAAGACCCGAGGAGCUCCGGGCGCGAAUCCCCUGACCCCCCUGGCCGUGAAUCCCCUGACCCCCCUGGCCGGUGACGGGGCCUGCUGCGGGGUGGCGUGGAAGAAGAUUAGGGGUUCAUUCUCCUCCUUCCUGGCAUCCCUCUCCUCUUCAAGCCCCAGUCUCCUGACCCUCCACCCUAGACAUUGAUGGGAUGCUUCUUCCCUGUGUCUCUGCUGGGUGACUUGGC